CAGAGCAUGUUUUGUUGAUGUUUGAUGGUAUUUUCUUAUGUGCCUUAUGUGAUUGUGUUGCCUAAGUGUUUGAAUGAGAUUAGACGAGUCUUAUAUGAGAGAUGAAUCGAGACUUAGAACCAUGAUUUUCUUGAAACCUAUCCUUGGACUUAAGGAUUUGAAAUGAGUGAAGAGUUUAUGUAGAGUUGGUUAAGGAGAUAGAAUAUAAUAUAGAGCAUGAGUUGAGGCAUGAGUUUUUGUCGUUGAGUUUCUAAUCGGGAUUCAUUUUAUGACAUGAACCUUCGAUGAUGACGAUGAUCCCUGAAGACACGAGCAGAGCAAGGAAGUAAGUAACUCCACUUUGACGGGAGUUUUUGAGUAAGGUCUUCAGGCUAAGCGAGGAGUGAGAUUGGUCUGGUGCUGGUGGGGGAUCGUUAGAUGACGUAUUUGCUUUAUCGUAUUUCCUUUUUAUCGAUAAAGUCUUGAUGUGAAGUUACUUUGAAUAUGAAUCAAGUAAUAUACUCACGGUUAUGUGUCUCCAUACAUGUAACUGGUUCGCCUUUUGCUGCGAUACUCUGCAUAUUAUGUUUCCUUAUGAAAAAUAAGCUAUACCUGUUUUGUUUUUGUUCGUGAAAUUCCUGAUAAUUAAAAAGUUACAACGACGUUGACGAUUUUACCCUUGGGUUCAAUUAAUAAUAUUUUCCUUAGCAUGCUUUGAUGUGAGCUUCCGCUUGAUGUUCGACCUACUCUUCUAUUCCUUUAUUCUUUAAAAAUAGUCGUAUCGAUACUCGUACCCCACUAUCACUAGUGUCGGGAUUUCGGGCUGCGACAGGGUGGUAUCAGAGCAGGUCAUCUGCUCUGAGUCUAUUGCUUGACUGAGUUGAACCUUUGAUUACUGGUAUCUUUUUAACUUGAGUACUAGUCUAAUUUGAAUUCUUAGGCUAGUUUGAGAGAGUCAGUUUGAAACGAAACCCCAGCACCCCAUCUCCUCCGGCUUAACGAGGUAAGAGGUUGAUGUUGUUUCUUAUUGCUUUUCUGUUAAAAGCUGAGUUUGGGUUACUAAUGAGUUAUGAAUUGUUUUGAUGACGGAAUUAUUUGAGAUGAUGGAAUCUGAUAUGAGGCAGUUGAUGUGGAAUAUGAGGAGGAAUGUUGAGGCUAGUAUAGCCGAUGCCCCACCGUACCAAACGAGGACGAGUAUGUUGUUGAUUGAGAUGUACCAAGUAAGUUUCGUCAUCCAUUUUCUAAUGGAUAUGAUGUUUUAUAUUACAGGAUGCCGAGUCAUAUCGAGACAGCGAUGCAGCGAUGGUUCAGGGAGUAUAUCCCGGACGAGGAUGACACCUUGGGUGAACUUCUGGCACACUAUCACCGACGAUGGAGGAGGGCUAUUCCCUAUGGGAUCGAUGGCGCGGAGGCCAUUACGCUUUUGAUUCCACUACUGCCACCUUUGUGGCGAGACUGGGCGACAUCUUUAGUGCCCCAGUACGUAGAUACUACCUGGUUGGAGGGCAUCAGGUACGGAGACCUUAGUGGCUUCAUCGCGACGCUGAGCCACCGUUAUUUUGCUCAUGGCGAUCCGCCUUCACCGCCGUAUGGAGAGCUUGAGGGACCAGCCCAGGGAAGGGAGCUAGUUGUUGUGCCUCCACCUCUCGAGGAGCCGAUUCUGAUGGCACCUCUACCCCCAGCUGAUCCGAUUUCAGUUUCUCUCGAGUCUGAUGAUCCAGAGCCGAUGGUUUUCGAGCCGUACUCACCUGGGAUUGAGCGUGAUCCGUUUGCGUUUGUAUCACUUAUUCCUUCUCCCAGUGCUGAUUUCCCGCCUUGGGAUUUGACACCGGCGACGACACCGUUGCCAUUGCCACCUGUUGAGUCGACACAGCCGAUUGAUUUCUACUGA